AAUGUCAAAGCAAGAAACUGGAUAAUCCGUGCCGGCUCGUUUGUUCGUGACUUCAUCAUCAUCAUUUUUUCAUCUCAUGUUUUUUCUACAGUAGCGUAGUGGUCGAUUUUUGCAGCCUCUAUUUUCCUGUGCGGUGGACAGCCGAGUUUCUCACCGAAUUGGGCAGUGUGCAUUGUAGGAAAUAUUGUGCGGUUUGGUGCAGGUUCAAGUCGGCAGGCUUACACGUGCAGUGGUGUGGUUAGCAGCGUGCAAUUGUAGCGAAAACCGAUCGGUGGUUGAGAAAUUUCCAGCAACUCUCGAAAACUCAUCGACACCUCCCCGUCAUUGCGUCGAUAUCGUGUGCGCGUUGUGCAGUAGACUCCCUUCCCGUGCGAGCAGUUAAAUUACUAGUCCAGCAAAAGGCCAUCGUGUAACGCACCGUCAUCAUGGAUGAGGAAUACGACGCGAUCGUGCUUGGAACCGGCCUGAAGGAGUGCAUCCUCAGCGGAAUGCUGUCGGUUUCGGGCAAGAAAGUGUUGCACAUCGACCGCAAUAAGUAUUACGGUGGCGAAUCGGCUUCGAUUACGCCCCUCGAGGAUCUGUUCUCGCGGUUCGCCGUGGAUCUGCCGGAAGGAAAGUAUGGCCGCGGUCGGGACUGGAACGUCGACCUGAUUCCGAAAUUCCUGAUGGCCAACGGGCUGCUGGUGAAGCUCCUGAUACACACGGGUGUGACCCGUUACUUGGAGUUCAAGUCGGUGGAGGGAAGCUACGUCUACAAAGGUGGCAAAAUCUCCAAAGUUCCGGUCGACCAAAAGGAGGCGCUGGCAUCCGAUCUGAUGGGGCUGUUUGAAAAACGCCGCUUCCGCAACUUCCUGAUCUACGUGCAGGACUUUGUCGCUGACGAUCCGAAAACUUGGAAGGACUUUGAUCCAUCCACCAAGGACAUGCAAGCCUUGUACGAAAAGUUCGGACUGGAGAAGAGCACCCAAGAUUUCACCGGUCACGCCCUGGCCCUGUAUCGCGACGAUUCGUAUCUGACCGAGCCGGCUAUCAAAACGAUCAAUCGCAUCAAGCUGUAUUCGGACUCGCUGGCUCGUUACGGCAAGUCGCCGUAUCUGUAUCCGAUGUACGGUUUGGGUGAGCUGCCCCAGGGCUUUGCCCGGCUGUCGGCCAUAUACGGCGGUACGUACAUGCUGGACAAGCCGAUCGACGAGAUCGUGUACGACGCUAGCGGCAAGGUGGUCGGCGUACGUUCUGGUGAAGAGGUGGCCAAAUGCAAACAGGUCUACUGCGAUCCCACCUAUGUACCGAACAAGGUACGCAUCACGGGAAAGGUUAUUCGCUGCAUUUGUUUGCUGGAUCACCCGAUCCCGAACACGAAGGAUGCCCUUUCGACUCAGAUCAUCAUUCCACAGAUGCAGGUCGACCGCAAAUCGGAUAUUUACGUAUCACUCAUCAGCUCGACACAUCAGGUUUCGGCCAAGGGUUGGUUCAUUGCCAUGGUGUCCACCACGGUGGAAACCGGCAAUCCCGAGGCGGAGAUUAAGCCCGGUCUCGAUCUGCUCGGCCCGAUCGCACAAAAGUUCUUGUCCAUCACGGACUACUACGAACCGACCGAUGACGGUCUGCAGUCACAGGUGUUCAUCUCGCAGUCGUACGAUGCAACUACGCACUUCGAGACGACCUGUCUGGACGUGCUGGACAUUUUCAAGCGCGGCACCGGGGAGGACUUUGACUUUUCCAAAAUCAAGCAGGAACUUGGUGACGAGGAGCAGUAAACAGGUUGCAGCCAGGUCAGGAAGGAGGAGGAAGCAUGGUCAGAAAGCAUACAACCAUAGUCUGAGCGGAAAGAAAAGCGCUUCUGUUGCGUUCUGAAGUGAAAAUGGAUGAUGCGGGCCGAAGGCCAAUAGAUAUCAUCAUCUACCCUAUCAUUUAUCAAUCAUUAUUCCAAGUAGGGCUUUUUGUAAUCUUUAUUUGUUAAAUUGUGCUUCGAACCAUCAUCAGUAAAACGCCGAACGUACAGCGGCCGGAAAGUGAGCAAUAGCUUCCGUGCUGAGUGUAAAGCAGAUGCGUGAUGUGAAAUCUACAAUAACUUUAAUUCGUUUGCGCUCCUCAAACGAUUCUAAAUGUGUUUCACCUUCCUUCAUCCAACUUCCCGACAGUUGAAAAACAAAAGAUCUAUAUGCGCAUUUGGGAUAUCAAAGGAAUCGCAAUGAAACAGAGUCGGUAUCAUCUUCUUGCGAAGGACUAGCGCAGAAGACGUGAAUAGGCACAUCGAUAUCGUGGAUAAAUGCGUUCGAUCGUAGUUGUUCGGAGGCGUAAGCAUUACUCUAUUAUACAUUAUCUCUUAUUGUGAAUGAUGAAUAAUCAAUAACAAAAACCAGCCAAAAAAUACUAAGAAAACUAAAA